CCUAAUUAAAGACGCUCACGGACGCUAAAAAAGGUAAUUUCGUCGAGCAUUUGGUGUGCGACAUUGCGAAAACGAAGUGAAUCAUGAAGGGGAACAAGGCGACGGUCUUGACCUUUGCUCAAAAGUGCAAGGGUAUAUUAGCGUCAAACUGGCAAGGCCACCUUAACACCAUCAAAGCUGACGCUAAAGGAAGCAAGGGGAACAUCCACACAUCAAAGGUUAACUACAUACUCAGGAAAGGCAAGCCAUAUAUUUGGAUACCCGAGAAGGACUUGCAUAAUGUGAACACAAUCAUCGACGAACGUGGUUCAUUUUCCGUGGCCAGUCCCUUCCCUGGACGACUGGCAGCAUUACUUAAAUCGAUAGAAAAGCUACCAGCUCGAGUUGCUCUAACUGGGGAUGUUGUGCCUUAUAAAGAUCAAAAGUCUGCGGCAGAAAGCCUUGAAGAAGUCAUACUCUCUGAGAAGAAGGCAAUUGGCGAGUCUAGUUACACAGUCUCUGGUGUAUUAAGUUCUUCAGAUAAUUCUAGUACCUCACGAAGCAAAAACCUUAAGGAUCUCUUGGAAGAGGAUGCAAAGUAUACGGUUUAUAAGUUCAACCCAAGAUCAUGUGUAUUCAUCGAUACCAAUGGAGGCACCCACAAAGUUGAUUUGGAAGAUAUGCAUACCUUUAAGGCAGAUCAAUUAGCACCUUUUUCUGCAAAGAUAAUUGAUGGAAUUAAUCAAAGUGAAGCAAGGCGUCGUGCACUGAUGCUUUUUUGCUUCAUGCACUUGAAUGCGAAUAUAAAGGAUGCAUACGUGUUAUCUACCGAUCAAAAGGGAUUCGAUGUGUUGGGAAAGGGUUCUAGUCCAGUAGUAAAGGAUGGUGUUGCUCAGUACCAGUGGAGGGAGUAUCGCUUCUCGUUGAAGGAAGAGGCGAGGGAUGCAGAAACUUUUUGCCGUCAACUUGUGGAAAUGGAAGAAGAGGCCGUUAAAAAGUCUCAAGCUUUAGCGAUCUUGGAUGAGAAGAAGGGGCCUCCCUUGUCUAGAUCUUUUCUAUGAAAGAAUAAUUCUUUUACUUUACUCUUUGAAGUUCAAAAACCAUGAACGUUGAUAUAAUUUUGAAUAAGUUUUAUUGUUCUAGACAAGCCAAAUUAACUGAAAUGGAUUGUUUGUUGUAAAAAUUCUGUCUCUCUAUAAUAAUAGAUUCCU